AUGAUCCGAUUGUGGAAUGUUAUGCUUCAUCUGCUUGGACUUUGUUUUGAUUAUGUAAGUUUUCUUGGCGCUGCAGAUGCCGUCAUGGAGGAGAGAGAGGGUUUCGGUAAUGGCGUUGAGUUGGUGAAAUCUGUCUCUGAGAAGCACAUUGAUCUCCUCAGGCCGUCUGCUCGAUACUAUACAGCAUCAAAGGGGCAACCAACAGAUUAUGCAGAUGGAGAGAAGGGAAAAUAUACUCUUAUUAGAGAUCCUGAGGAUUUUCAAGGGAUUUAUGACAAGCCCCUUCCUUGCUUUGGCUGUGGGAUAGGAUGGUUUUCUUUUCUUUUGGGAUUUGUGUUCCCAUUGAUGUGGUAUUAUGGCACAUUUCUUUACUUUGGAAAUUACUUCAGAAAGGAUCCAAGGGAGCGUGCUGGCCUUGCUGCUGCUGCAAUAGCUGCAAUGGCGUUUUCUGUCGUGCUGAUGGUCAUUGUAGCUUAUUGUUCUCUAUUUUAG